AUGAAGUUCCAGGUCGCAUCUUUCUGCGCAGCGGCGCUUGUCGCCCUCGUUGCGAGCGCUGAAGCUGCCAAACAUAGCCAUGACCAGAGCCAUCACCACGAGAAUCGUGAUGUGGCUCUGGCAGAGAGGAGUGGGAAGUGCGAGUUCCCCCCCAAUGCUGGCCUGGUUGAGAUCACCCCAAAUGAGCAAAAUGCCGGCUGGGCUAUGAGCCCCGACGAGCGCUGCAAACCUGGCAACUACUGCCCUUACGCCUGCCCUUCCGGUCAGGUAUCUAUGCAAUGGGAUCCCAAGGCGACGUCCUACACUUACCCUAUGUCGUUGAGAGGUGGUCUGUACUGUGAUGAUGAUGGCAAAAUUCAUAAACCCUUCCCCCACCGUGGCUACUGUGAGUCGGCCAUUGGUGUUGUCAAGGCCCAUAACAAAGCUGGAAAGCCUGUUUCUUUCUGCCAGACUGUGCUUCCUGGAAAUGAGGCAAUGAUUAUCCCCACCACGGUUGAUACACUGGCCGAUCUGGCCGUGCCCGGCACGUCCUACUGGUGCUCCACUGCUGCCCAGUACUACAUUAACGCUCCUGGUGUCACUGCGGAGGAAGGCUGUGUCUGGGGUACCUCCGAGAAACCCAUCGGUAACUGGUCUCCGUACACCGCCGGUGGCAACACCGACAAAAGUGGCAAGACCUUCUUGAAAAUCGGCUGGAACCCAAUCUACUUGGAGCCCUCCACGCCCUUCCGCAAUGUCAAGCCUGACUUUGGUAUCGCGAUUGAAUGUGAUGGUGACGGCUGCCAUGGCUUGCCCUGCAAGAUUGACCCUGCUGUCAACGACGUCAAUGAGAUGACCGGUGAUCCCUUCGUUGGCGCUGGCGGCGCCACCGGCUGCGUCGUGACCAUCCCCAAGGGCGAGACCGCGCACAUUGUUGUCUUUGAGAAGGAGGGUAACGGCAGCACCUCGUCUGAGACCAUCGAGGUCUCCAUCAGCAGUCUUACCUCCACUCGUAGCUCCACUAGCAGCUCCACUAGCAGCACCAGCACCAGCACCAGCACCAGCACCAGCACCCGCACCCACACCCACACCAGCUCCAGCACCAGUACUAGCUCAAGCACUAGCUCUAGCACUAGCACCUCGAGUCCCACACCUACUUCGACAAGCACCAGCACCAGCACCAGCACCAGCACCAGCACCACUGAGACACCCACCUCCACCUCCACCUCCACCUCCACUCCCUCGUCAACUUCAACUUCGAUUCCCACUUCUACCCCCAGCUCCACAUCUACUGUUAGCUUCACCUUUACUGCUAGCCCCACCUCUACUGCUAGCCCGACCUCUACUGCUGGCCCGACUUCUACCGCUAGCUGGGCCUCCACUGUUAGCUGGACUUUUACUGCUGGCUCCAUCUCCACGACUUCCGUGUUCAGCAUGACUAGUCCUGCCGCCCGUCUGCCCAAGUCGAGCCCGACAACAAGCUACACCUAUCAGCCUCAUGUUCUGACUGGUUCUGCUGACAUCCAAGAGGCCCCAACGACGACGACCGCUGUCGUUGCCGCUGCGUCCACAUCUUCUGCCACGGGCGGUGCCACCAGCGCCACCGUCUCCAUGCUGACCCUGGCAUUCGGCGCCAUCGCUGCCAUGGUUGCGAACUUGUAG